CUUCUAUAGCAAGCUACUCCGAGUAAAUGAACUCAACAAGAAAAACCUCUCCUUCUCAUUAAUGGGGAAAGCAGAGGCGAGAGAGCCAAGGCCCAAAACGAUGAGAAAUCAGGAAAUGCCGGCAACAGCGAAACAUCCGAGGUUCAUCGGCGUCGGGGGCAAAAGAGAAGGAGAGGAGACACCUUUUCUGCCUCCCCGACUUCCCAUCGGCCAUUCAACCCUCAGGCGCCUGAGAUUUCCGGAGUCAAGCAUAUUGGAUUCUAAUUAGUUUAUUCUUUCUUUCAAAUCGUUGCCACAAUGCCCGCUGCCAACCGUCAACUGAUCUACGCCAAUACGCCCUCGCCGGCGAUUGACCCUUCGCUCGACAACGGCACCUUCAAGCUGAACACGACCCCCAUCCCCGACAAUGUCCCCGACGACAAGGUGCUGGUGCGCGUGCACUACCUCUCCCUCGACCCGGCCAUGCGCCAGUGGCUGACGGCCAAACGGUCGUACAUUGCGCCCGUCGAGCGCGGCCAGAUCAUGCGCGGGCAGAGCAUCGCGCAGGUGCUGCGCGUCGGCGCCGGGCUGCAGUCCAAAUACCAGGCCGGCGACUGGGUGGUGGCCUACUCGGGCUGGCAGGAGUACGCGCUGCUGGGGGCCAAGGAGGCGCAGAAAGUCACCGUGCCGGCGGGGUGCCAGCCCACCGACGCCAUGUCGGUGCUCGGCAUCACCGGGCUGACGGCCUACUUCGGGAUGAUGGAUGUCGCGAAGCCCAAGGCGGGCGAGACGGUGGUGAUUUCGGGCGCCGCCGGUGCGACGGGCAUGGUGGCCGGGCAGAUUGCGCGGGUGCAGGGCGCGAAGCGAGUGGUCGGGCUGGCCGGCAGUGCGGACAAGUGUGAAUUCCUCCGCAGGGAGCUGGGCUUCGAUGCGGCUAUCAACUACAAGGACGCGGACUGGAAGAAGCAGCUGAAGGAGGCGACGCCCGAGUACAUCGACGUGUUCUUUGACAAUGUCGGAGGCGAGAUCCUCGACGCCUGUCUGGCUCGCGCGGCGAAAGACGCUCGAUUCGCCAUCUGCGGUGCGAUCAGUCAGUAUAACGCGGCGAAGCCGCAAGGACCGGCCAGCUUCAUGACAGUCAUUUCGCAACGUGUGAUGAUGAAGGGCUUUAUUGUCUUGGACUACACGAAGCAAUACCCGGCUGCACUGAAGGACCUUGCCACGUGGUUGACUCAGGGCAAGAUCAAGCGCAAGGAGCACAUUGUCCCCGGCGGACUGGAGUCGGCGCCAAAGAGUCUUGUGGAUCUAUACGAGGGCAUCAACACGGGCAAGAUGAUGGUCGAGGUGGCGCCGGUGAGCGAGGCGAUUGCAGUCAAGGCGAAAUUGUAGACGGCAGGUCCGAUACGAUAUGUCUGGCUUGGAAUUGCUUUCGUUGUGCUUGUUGAUUCGCAAUUGAUUGUUUAUAUAUAAAUACAUGGGUUGCAGGGGUUUAAAUACCAUAUGGC